CAUUUAUUUUUUUGCAAUGUCGAUUUCAGAAAUCCAAAAGUAACUUAAUUUAACAAAUUAUUUGAAUCAAUAAGCAACAGUAUGUGUGUUUCUUGGUUUAAAAGAGAGUCUAAUAGAUUAAGUAUAACAAUUAGCGACAUAAACAUUCAAGCUCACAUUCAAGUAAUUAAAUAAUAAAUUUUUUUAGGAACUCAAAUAAAAAGAUAAUUUUGCAUACAAAAGCCAGCAACCCAUAAAUCACAGUAAAAAUACAUAAUAAAUUAUAAUAGGGAAACUAAUUUGAAAAGGAUUACAUGAUUGCUUAAAAACUAUCAGGUGCUAAUUUACCAGUCCCUAAGACAUUAUUUUAUUGUGAAGAUUAAUCAAUUAUAGGUGUACCAUUUUAUGCAACAGAAUAUGUUGAAGGAAGACUUUUUAAUGAUUAAAGGUUACUAAGUGUUUCACCAGCUGAAAAGAGAUUAUUGUUUAAAGAGGUAACAAAAGCCUUAGCCCAUUUACAUUCAAUAAGUUUAAAUUAUUUAGGAUUGGGAGAAUUGGAAUCUCAAACAAGUCAUUACCAAACACUAAAUAAAAAAUUAUACAACUUAUAUAAAUUACAUGAAACCAAAAUAUCAAAAAAUGUCGAAGAUUUAUUAUAUUGGUUAUAAAUAAACUCACCAAUGAAAUCAGAACUUGAUAAUCUAUGUUUAGUUCAUGGAGAUUUCUCACUAUCUAAAGUAGUAUUCCAUCCAACUGAACCUAAAGUUUUGGCCAUUUUGGAUUGGUAAUAGGCAUAAUUAGGAAAUGCUUUUAUUGAUUUAGCAAGUUUUGUUGCACCAUACUAUAUUCCAUUCGAAAAUGGAUAGUAUCAUGUAGAAGGUUGGUUAGGUAUUGAAUAGAUUGCAGGUUAACCUAAUUUAUAAGAAGUAAUAUCAGCCUACUUUACAACAAGAUCUAGUCAAAGUAUUCCAGACAUUAGAUAUCAAAUUAUUAUGGCCAUUCUUAAAUAAUCUAUUGAAUAAUAAAUUCUAUACAAAUAAACCUAAGAUGAAAAAUAUUAAAAGAAUUCUCAUUUCUUAUCCAAAGCUGGAUAUGAGUUAAUCUUACAAAUGACUGAAGGUGAUCCUUAUGGCAUUAAAAUGAGAGCAACUAAUGAUGGUUAAUUGUGGUCUAACUGGCCUAUUUCAGAAAGAUGCAAGAGUUACUAUUAUAGAAUCAAAGAUUUCUUAAAAGAUGAAGUUUUCCCUAAAGAAAAAGCAAUCUUGGAUAAAGUUAGAGCUAUACCAAAAACUCUCUAAAAUAAAGCUAUUAUAGAUAUUGAAGAACUUUAAACAAAGGCGAAAUCAGUAGGAUUAUGGAACUUAUUCAUUUCAGAUCCAAUGUAUGGAAAAGGUUUAACAAAUUUGGAAUACGUAUUCUUGUCAGAAUUGAUGGGAUUGAGUUAUAUAGCUCAUGAAAUAUUUAAUUGUUAUGCACCAGAUACAGGAAAUAUUAAAUUGUUGAUUGCUUAUGGUACCUAAUACCAAAAAGAGAAAUAUUUAAGACCAUUAUUAGAAGGAGAAUGCAAAUCAUUUUUCGCAAUGAGUGAAAAGAAUGUAUCAUCUUCAAAUCCAAAUAAUUUAGAAUGCACUAUUACACCUUGUGAAGGAGGAUUCAUUCUUAAUGGUAGUAAGUAUUUCAUUUCAAGUGCUUCUGAUGAAAGAACUAUAUUUGGAAUAGUGAUUGGUAAAUCUACUCAAACCAUGAGUAACCCUAAUGAAUCAUAAUCAAUGGUCAUUGUUGAUAUGAAAAAUCCUAAGGUAAAGAUUGGCAAAUAAUUUGGUUCCUUUGGUUUCUUUGACAUUCCUCAUGGUUAUUCAGAAAUCGAAUUUGACAAUGUCUUUAUUCCAUAAGAAAAUUUAUUGGGAUCUCUUGGAGGAGCAUUUAAAAUGGCUCAAGAUAGAUUAUAAAUAGGAAGAUUACAUAAUUGUGUGAGAUAAAUUGGAUAAACUAGAAGAUGUCUUGAUUUAAUGAUGAGUAGAUCAGAAUAGAGAACGAUUUUUAAAUAAAAACUAAAAGAUAAUGCUGCAUUUUAAGAAAGAUUAGGAGAUCUAGAAAUUGCAUUCUAAUCAUGCAGAUUAUUGAGUUUAAAUGCUGGAUUACUUUUGGAUUCUGCUGGAUCCAGUCAUUUACAUACAUUCAUGGCUAUUAGCGAAUGUAAAGCUCAUACUCCCAAAGCUUGUUAAUAUAUAAUAGAUCAAUGUAUAUAAGCAUUUGGUGCUGAAGGAGUGACUGAAGAGCAACCAUUAGCUAUUGCAUUCCGAUUUGCUAGAGCUAUUAGAUUCAUAGAUGAACCAUGUGAAGUCCAUCUUAAGUAAGUCUCAAGAUUUGCUUAUGGAAAUCACUUAUUCAAUGAUCUAAACAAUGCUCAAGGAUAUGGACUUGCCAAGCUAUGAUUUAUUUAGUAAAUAACAAAUAUAAUUUAAAC